AUGACAUCACUUGAUAUUGCUUUCAUGACAGUACUAUGGAACAGAAUUUUAGAAAGAUUUGACAAAACUAGUGUUAAAUUACAAGAGAAGUCACUUGAUUUAUCAGUCGCUGUUAAGCUUUUAAAAUCUUUACGGGAGUAUAUUGGUUCAAUAAGGAACAAUUUCAAUGAUAUAGAAAAAGUGGCAUUAUCUCUUUCUAAAGUUAUUUCUAAAAAACUUGAACAAUAUAACGAUUUAGAUAGAAAGUUUGGGUUUCUUACUUAUUUUAAAUCUAUAACUGAGAAAGAAAUCGUAGAUAUGGCAAAAAAUCUUGGUAAAAUAUAUCCGGACGACCUUGAUUGUGACAUUUUUCCCGAAGAAAUGAUACAUUUUACCAAAUUAGUUGAUGAGCAAGAUGAAGAAGGAAAAAUUAAAAUGCCAUCAGCACUAAAAUGUCUUCAAAUUAUACACGAUAAUAAACUCAAUUCAGUGUUUCGUAAUGUGGAAGUAGCGUAUAGAUUGUAUUUAUGUCUUCCAGUUGCCAAUUGCAGCGCAGAAAGAGCAUUUUCAAAAUUGAAAAGAGUGAAGGACGAAUUGAGGUCUACCAUGAAAAAUCCACGCUUGAACGCUUUAUCAUUAAUGACCAUUGAGAGGUCUCUACUUAAAGAAAUAAAUACAGAUGAAAUAAUUGUGAAGUUUCAAAAAAAGAAAAGAAAAUAA